GCCUGUGUUGCAGGGGGCACGGCGCGAUGUAUCAUGGAGGAUCAGUAGGCAGACUGUGGCCGUAAGAGAGAACAGCUCUCCGGACUCUAUACUCUGUUAUCACCCUUUUAUCAUCCGUUCAUCCGACUUCCAUAUACCACAACAUGGACAUGAAGAAGAGGAUCACCCUGGAGCUGAGGAACCGGAGCCCGGCGGAGAUAGCCGAGCUGGUAGUGGAUAACAGCCGCUCUGCAGACGGACAGGUGGAGGGUCUGACGGACGCCUUCACUGAGCUGGAGUUCCUCAGCAUGGUCAACGUGGGGCUGAGCUCUCUGAGCAAACUGCCCUCACUGCCCAAAUUGCACAAGCUGGAGCUGAGUGACAACAACCUGUCCGGCUCUCUGGAGACCCUGUCAGAGAAAUGUCCCAACCUGACCUACCUGAAUCUGAGUGGGAACAAGAUCAAGGAGCUGAGCAACGUGGAGGCCCUGGUGAACCUGAAGAGCCUGCAGAGCCUGGACCUGUUCAACUGUGAGAUCACAUCCCUGGAGGACUACCGGGAGAGCGUGUUUGAGCUGCUGCCCCAGGUCACCUACCUGGACGGCUUCGACCAGGAGGACAACGAGGCGCCAGACUCCGAGGCUGAGGACGACGAUGAGGACGGGGAGGACGGAGUGGCUCCAGUCGGAGACUACGAUGACGAGGACGAUGAGGACGAGGAUGAGGACGGUUCGGAGGGGGGGGAGGUCGGGGCGCUGAGCUUCCAGGUGAACCGCGCCGCCCAGGACGAGGACGACGAUGAUGACGAGUUUGGAGACGAAGAGGAGGAAGAGGAGCAUGCAGGGUUGCAGGGGGAGAAGAGGAAGCGAGACGUGGACGACGAGGGCGAGGAUGAGGAGGACGAUGAAGACUAGCGUCCCUCAGGACGGUGAUAGUGUGUUAGAGCCUCGUCUUUAUUUUAGAUAUCAGAGAUUAUCAGGACUACAGAGUGAUGUCACUUCCUGUCCACCGGACUCUUCCUGCAGGUCAUGGGGGGGGGGGCUGCUUCAGGGACCAGACCAGAGGCAAGACUUUAGAGACCGGGUCUUCAUGGUGGGAGCUGUUUCUAAAGUCUUGUCUCUGGUCUGGACUUCCUGAGUCUCCAUCCUGCGAGUCGGACCCCGUCCCAGAGUUUACCCCCCCUCCCUGCAGCCCCCACUUCCUGUCUCUCUGCAUCAUAUCUCUGGACUUCCUGUCGUUUUGACUCUCCAGGUAUCUGGACUCUCAGGAGAGGAACCCCCCCACCCUCGUGUUCAGCCCUGGUCACAUGACUCUGCAGUUUGAUUUGUAAUGGGGGGGGGGGGGGGGGGUAUUAGCUCUGUUUUUUUGUCUCUGAACAGCUGUUGUUUUUUUUUUUGUUGUUCAUCCUCAAACUGUCCCCCCCCAUGAGAGGCUCAGAGCGCCACUUCAGGCUCCGCCCCCGAAACUAAACGCAACCCCCGCGGUGCGUUCAGGUGCCUCUCCGCUCUGUUUACAUCCAGUUAUUAUCAGACUUUCAUCCAAUCACAUGUGAGUCUGCAGGUCACAUGACAAACUGUCCGUCCUUCCCCCCCCUACGGUGUAAUCUGCAUAGCUACAAAAAGCUGAAAUUGUAUUUUUAUAUUUAAUGUUUUCUGUCAGGUUUAAAUCUGUGUGAGUGUGACUGAUCUCUGGCACCUGAAUGCACCGCUGCAGUGCAUUGUGGGAACCUUAGGGCUGGUAAAGAUGUGGGCGGGGCCUGAAGCACACCUGAGGCGUCUGAUUCAGGUGUGCUCUGCAUGGGAUUCUGCAGCCUCGCAGCAUCGGGAGGAGCAGACCCCCCCCAGGAGAUCAGAUGUUAUUAUGUGGGGUUAGGAUGGGGGGGUCUGCUCCUCCUGGGGUGGUCUGCUCCUCCUGGGGGGGGUCUGCUUCUCCUGGGGGGUUCUGCUCCUCCUGGGCGGGGGUUUAAUAACUGCUGUUAGAUUACUGACUGCACUCCUGAACCAUGACUCAGCACUCUGUUGUUCUGUGACACGCGUGUAACAUCCUGUCACAUGAUCAGAGAGGGGCUGCAGUUGUCGUAGCCCCCCCCCCCUCAGGACUCACAGGUCUGUCCUGGUCAGGAGUGCAGCGUCUGGUUUUAGGGCGAUAUGUACAUAGACUUCAGGUUGUUUUUUAAUGACUUUAAUAAUGUUUGUUUCUGAGGUUGUAGUUGACCCGUGUCUGACCUGUGUCUGACCCUGGACCCCGGCUGUCACGCUCCUGUCUGUGGGGAAACUGUGUGUGUGUGUGUUGUGUGAGCUGAGGGGUUUUCAAUUAAAAACAUAAAGAAAAUAAAGGAGGUGUGUUUGAA